GCUUUGGAGUGAUACUCACCCAGCUGGUCACGGACUACUGCCGCUUUCUGGCCGUACAGGCCCAAAAUGAUGUCAACGCCGUUCCGGAAUGUCCUGCCGAGCUACAGCGACAUUGGUCUAGCAUUGGUCAGAGUAUGCUUACUCUCUUCUAUGCAAUCACCAACGGCUUAGCUUGGUCAGAGGCGGUGGAUCCCCUGAGGAGCGUUUCGGUGCUGGCCGUGGGGUUCGUGAUUUGCUACAUAAUCAUCAGCGUUUUUACUUUGUUGAACGUGGUGACCGGGGUGUUCGUGAACACGGCCAUCGAACGCGCAAGUGCUGAUAAGGAUAUUGCUGCUCUGAAGGCUUUUCAGAAGCGGAAGGAGCAGAUCCGUGUCUUGGAGAAUGCCUUCGAGACGCUGGACCAUGGCCACACCAACAAACUCCAGCUUCAGGACAUCGAGGGUGCCAUUGGCUUGGAGACCGUCGGAGCGUUUCUGGAGUCCCUGGACAUUUCAACGGAUGACAUCCGUAUGCUGUUUACCCUCAUCGACGCCGACAAAAGCGGCUGA